AGCCUAGAAGAGGAGAUAACGUCCAUUCUCUUUAGCCAGGCGGGCUUCUGCGCCGCCGCCCCGCGGCCGGCAGGGGGCGCUGCGGGGGAAGAGGCCGCCGCCCGGGCCGCGCCGCCGCCCCCCCAGAGCCUAGAAGAGGAGAUAACGUCCAUUCUCUUUAGCCAGGCGGGCUUCUGCGCCGCCGCCCCGCGGCCGGCAGGGGGCGCUGCGGGGGAAGAGGCCGCCGCCCGGGCCGCGCCACCGCCCCCCCAGAGUUCACAUGAGACUCUGGCCAUAGUGGAGGAGAAGAAGCAGGCAGAGGUUGGGAUAGAAGAAACACUAGUCGUAGAGGAGACCACCAAAGGGAAAAUGCAAGUUGCCACUGGGGAGACAUGUAAGGUGGAGCAUCUCUCAAAAAAGGACUCUUCAUCGUUGCCAUCAGAUAGUAGCAGCAGCAGCAGCAGUAGUAGUGAGAGUGAGGAUGAAGAGGUGGGAGAAUACCAGCCACAUCCUAGGGCGAUUGAGGAGGUCAUCAGGGAAGAACAGGAGGAAGAGGAAGACGUGAAAAGGCAAGAACAUGAAGAAAAACUACAGCACGUGGAAGCCACGGCAGAAGGCGGUAAAUUAAACGUGUCGGUGGAGCACACGCAAGUUACAGCUGAAGAUCUGGUCCAGGAAAAUGCAGUGACCAUAGCUACAGAAGACAAGAAUUUGUCAGAGGAAGUUAAGCAAGAUUUAGGUGAAGAGAAAGAGGAAGAGCAGCUCAAACUCAAUGGAGAUGUGUCUCAUGUUGACAUUGAUGUUGCGCCACAAAUAAUUUGUUGUUCUGAGAGCCUAGAAGAGGAGAUAACGUCCAUUCUCUUUAGCCAGGCGGGCUUCUGCGCCGCCGCCCCGCGGCCGGCAGGGGGCGCUGCGGGGGAAGAGGCCGCCGCCCGGGCCGCGCCACCGCCCCCCCAGAGACAUGCUUCCAGAGCAGAAGGGCCUUGUACUGGAGUCAGCGAUGCUGAUAAGAGUUCACAUGAGACUCUGGCCAUAGUGGAGGAGAAGAAGCAGGCAGAGGUUGGGAUAGAAGAAACACUAGUCGUAGAGGAGACCACCAAAGGGAAAAUGCAAGUUGCCACUGGGGAGACAUGUAAGGUGGAGCAUCUCUCAAAAAAGGACUCUUCAUCGUUGCCAUCAGAUAGUAGCAGCAGCAGCAGCAGUAGUAGUGAGAGUGAGGAUGAAGAGGUGGGAGAAUACCAGCCACAUCCUAGGGCGAUUGAGGAGGUCAUCAGGGAAGAACAGGAGGAAGAGGAAGACGUGAAAAGGCAAGAACAUGAAGAAAAACUACAGCACGUGGAAGCCACGGCAGAAGGCGGUAAAUUAAACGUGUCGGUGGAGCACACGCAAGUUACAGCUGAAGAUCUGGUCCAGGAAAAUGCAGUGACCAUAGCUACAGAAGACAAGAAUUUGUCAGAGGAAGUUAAGCAAGAUUUAGGUGAAGAGAAAGAGGAAGAGCAGCUCAAACUCAAUGGAGAUGUGUCUCAUGUUGACAUUGAUGUUGCGCCACAAAUAAUUUGUUGUUCUGAGCCUCCAGUAGUGAAGACAGAGAUGGUGACCAUUUCAGAUGCCACACAGAGAACUGAAAUCUCCACUAAAGAAGUUCCAAUUGUUCAAACAGAAACUAAAACCAUCACAUACGAAUCUCCACAGUUUGAUGGCAGUGCUGGUGGCAACACCGGUGUGCUGCUGAGCGCGCAGACAAUUACAUCAGAGUCCAUUUCUACUACCACAACUACACACAUCACAAAGAUGGUAAAAGGUGGGGUAUCAGAAACAAGAAUUGAGAAGCGCAUCGUCAUCACUGGAGAUGCAGAUAUUGACCAUGACGAGGUGAGCACGUGAGCUGUCAACACGUACAAUGUCCUGUGAGAUGGUAUUUCAGAAACCUGGAAUGAGAGAAAGGUGGAGAAGUUGAAUAAGAGG